GCAGAGGCUGUUGUUUAUCACAACUUCGCUUCAGUAAGGCCUGAGAUUCUUCCGAGCUCUGCUUCCCAUGAGGCAACGUGUCAACUGAGAUAUUUCUGGUAAAAGUGAAUGCGAAGCAGGGUGCCAGCCCCUGUGGGACUGUGGGUGGGAUUAGGGGAGCUCGGGUGCCAACCCCAAGUGACAGAUGGAUGGACCUUUCAUCUGAGAGAAAGAAGGAGACACGUGGGCAGAUCAUUCUGGAACGUAAGAGUGCCCGCGAAGCAAUCACCAGGCAGAGAAGACAGACAAACCAAAGGGAAGAUCAGAAAAGCAAAAAGGGCACAGACUGUGACACACUGGCCACUUGACCGGCUACUCACCCAAAUCGGAAGCAAAAUGUCCCUGAAGCUGCCAAGGAACUGGGAUUUCAACUUGAAAGCGGAGGCCGCGAAAAUAGCUCGGUCAAGGAGUGUGAUGACUGGGGAGCAGAUGGCGGCCUUUUACCCACCAGCAACCCCCAACCCUCUGGAAAGGCCAAUUAAGAUGGGCUGGCUGAAGAAGCAGAGGUCCAUCGUGAAAAACUGGCAGCAGCGGUACUUUGUGCUGAGAGCCCAACAGCUCUACUACUACAAGGACGAAGAGGAGUCAAAGCCACAGGGCUGCAUGUAUCUGCCAGGCAGCACAGUCAAAGAAAUCGCCACAAACCCCGAAGAAGCUGGGAAAUUUGUCUUUGAAGUGAUUCCAGCUGCCUGUGACCAGAACCGCAUGGGACAAGACUCUUAUGUCCUCAUGGCCAGCUCCCAGGUAGAGAUGGAGGAGUGGGUUAAGUUCCUCAGGAGAGUUGCUGGCAAGCCCUCUGGAGCGGUGUUCGGCCAGCGCCUGGAUGAGACCGUGGCCUACGAACAGAAGUUUGGCUGUCACCUGGUGCCCAUCUUGGUGGAGAAGUGUGCGGAGUUCAUCCUGGAGCACGGCGUGAGUGAAGAGGGCAUCUUCCGCCUGCCUGGGCAAGACAACCUGGUGAAACAGCUGAGAGAUGCUUUCGACGCAGGGGAGCGGCCUUCUUUUGACAGGGACACAGAUGUGCACACGGUGGCCUCCCUGCUAAAGCUCUACCUCCGAGACCUCCCGGAGCCUGUGGUCCCUUGGAGCCAGUACGAAGGGUUCCUGCUCUGUGGGCAGCUCAUGAAUGCGGACGAGGCCAAGGCUCAGCAGGAGUUGGUGAAGCAGCUUUCCAUCCUUCCCCGGGACAACUAUAGCCUCCUGAGCUACAUCUGCAGAUUUCUGCAUGAGAUCCAGAUGAACUGUGCUGUCAACAAGAUGAGCGUGGACAACCUGGCCACUGUCAUCGGAGUGAACCUCAUCAGGUCGAAGGUUGAAGACCCAGCUGUGAUCAUGCGAGGAACUCCUCAGAUCCAAAGACUGAUGGCCAUGAUGAUCAGAGACCAUGAAGUCCUCUUUCCCAAGUCGAAGGAUGCGCCACUGUCACCCGCUGCCCAGAAAAACGAUGCCAAGAAGGCCCCAGUGCCCCGAAGCUCUGUGGGAUGGGAUGCCACGGAAGACCCGCCACUUUCCAGAGCAGACAGCUUCAGCAGCACGGCAAGUAGUCCUGAUGCCACUAGCCCCACUGGACCACAGCCGGGUGACCAACAUCAGGAAGACAGUGGAAAAGCCGCCACUGAAAACCCAGGUGACUGGAAGGUGCAAUCCCGUAAAAGGACUCAAACUCUCCCCAACCGGAAGUGUUUCCUGACAUCCGCUUUCCAAGCCACGACGAGCAGCAAACUGGAAAUCUUUAAAAAUGAGUUCUGGUCUCCGUCUUCAGAGGCUAAGGCAAGGGAAGGGCACAGGAGAACUAUGUCCCAAGACUUGCGCCACCUUUCCGACGACCAGCGGACUUCUACCUAUGAUAAUGUCCCUGGCCCCCCGCCGCUGGGGUCCCAAGGGACCCCAACAGGUGCACUCUCCCCUCCUGCCUGUGACUCCAAGAGAAACGCUGUUGUCCGCACAGACUCUGACAGGGAGUCCGGAAGCAAGAACUCUGCAGAGGACGACCUUGAUUCUUUGCAGAGGGUGGUCCAGCACCUACAAAAGGAAAUAGAAACUCAGAGGCAGACGUAUGAGGAACAGAUUAAAAAUCUGGAGAAGGAAAAUUACGAUGUCUGGGCUAAGGUGGUGAGGCUCAGCGAAGAGCUGGAGAGGGAGAAGAAGAAGUUUGCGGCUCUGGAAAUUAGCCUUCGAAAUGUCGAGCGCUCGCGGGAGGACGUGGAGAGGAGGAACAAGGUCUUGGAGGAGGAAGUCAAGGAGUUUGUGAAAUCAAUGAAGGAGCCCAAGACAAAGACGGAUGCUUGA